CCCUCGCCGUGUUUGUUUACCAAACAUGACUCACUGAACGGCCCCCGCGGCAGAGACCCUCCGCGCCCUCCGCGCCAAGCGUCGCGUCCACCCCGGAGCGUCCGAGGCAUCAUGAGGCGCGGGGCCUGCAGGACGUGAGCGAGACUCGACCCGACCCGACACGACCCGACCGCGGCCCACAACAUGCCGUCCCACAAGAACGACCCAAACUGCCACUGCGCCGUGUGCCACGAUGGCUACUCCCGCAUCGACUCGACGUCCACCUCGCUCACGCGGGGGCCCUCCCUGCGCACGGCCGGCGCCGCCGGCUCCGCCAUGACCCUCACGUCCGAGUGCCUGUCCGCGGGCAGGGGGUCGCCGACGAGGGGCCCCGCAGCGACCGCGGGCGGCUACGCCGAGGGGCCCGGGGCCGAGAGAAGCGCGCUCGCCGACAAGUACAUGUACUCGGAUAUGGACUACGAGCCGGAGCCAGAGCCGGUCGCUGAAAUCGAAGACGUCUUCGUCGACCUGGAGCGCGACGACUCGGACCUCCACAAGGUGGCGGGCCGCGCAGAGCCGUACUUUCCGCAGCCCGAGGACGACCAGAACCCCGCGUGCGCAGGCGAAGCGGAGCCCAUGGAGCCGGUGGGCCCUUGGGCGCAGGGCAAGCCCGACUGGGGCCCGCUGUCGGGCAUGACGGGCACGAGGCCCGCCGUGGACCGCUACUCCAUCACGAGGUACUCGGUGCCCGAGUGGCGGAAGCACAACCUCGACACCUUCCAGCGGGCGGCCGGCGACAACCACAACGCGGGCAUGGUGGACUUCAACAGCCGCGCCUGCAUGCAGCACGUGGCCGCCGAGGCCGACAAGAACCAGGCGGACAGCACGGGGCGCCUGGAGCAGCGCGCCAUGGACGUGCACCGGUGGCUGGCCGAGGUCCGCAAGGCGCACAAGGCGCUGUGGGACGAGCUGCAGCUGCUCGAGGCGUACCGGGCGCGCCUGCGCCGCCUGCUCUGCACGCUCACCAAGUGCGCAAAUGUGGCCGGCCAGUGUCUGGACUUGCGGAACAGGCGCAACGAGCCCGACCUGGUGCGCGAUGAGCCCGAGGAGGAGCUCGUCAAGGAGGUGGCGCUCAUCAAGGAAGUCAGCGAGCUCAUGAAGCGCUGCCUCAUCCAGGUCGAGGACCAGCUGCGUGCCAGCAGGGCGGCCAAGGGCCGGCUCAGCGGCAAUUGGAGCGACAAGAAGCAGGCCUACGACGUGGACACGUACUCCGGGGGGCUGCGCUCCGGGGCGCCCACCGCCACGUUCCACGAGGGCGCCACUCGCUUCGCUGACAGCCAGUCGACCCCGGAGAGCUGGGAGGCUGCGUCCCGCGAGGACAUCUGCCUGGCGGAGAACGAGCGCGCCAAGUCAGCGAUGCUCCGCAACCUCAUCGACGCCAUGGUGCACGACUCGGGGCGCGACCUGCGCCAGCAGGAGGCGCGCGUGGACGAGGCGGUGCAGCGCCGCGCGCAGGUCGUGGCGUCGGACCUGAGUCUCGAUAUGGACCUGGAGCUGUUCAGCAACGAGAACUUCCACGCCGACAGCCCGGAGUCGUCGUCAGACGUCUCCGAAGCGCUCCUGUUCGCCCCAGUUUGGGGUGGCUGUGGCGUCACCGGGGACCCUCUGAGCGACCUGGGCCUGGGGGUGGAGGAGGCCCAGCUGGACAGCGUGGUCGAGUGA